UCCGGUCCAAAACUGCAAAAGAAACAGAACUAUAUUACAGUAUUACUUGCUCUGUAUCAGAAGGAACAAAGAAAAAAAAAACACACUCCAAGUAGCUUGCUCGCUUUCCGAUCCAUCCAUGGCUGCUCUGGUUCUCUAUUUCGCUACUUUCCUUGCUCUGUAUCUUCUCACCAAACACUUCCUUCACAAGGCCCAAAACCUCCCACCAAGCCCAUACCCUUCGCUUCCCAUCAUUGGCCAUCUCUACCUCCUCAAAAAGCCCCUCUACAGAACCCUGUCCCAAAUCUCCCGCCGCCACGGCCCGAUCCUCUUCUUCCGGUUCGGGUCGCGCCCGGUUCUGCUCAUCUCCUCCCCUGCCCUCGUCGAACAAUGCCUCGGCGGCCAAAACGACGUCGCCUUCGCCAACCGCCCCCGAUUCCUGAUGGGCAAACUUCUGGGCUACAAUUUCACCUCCAUGGCCUGGGCUCCUUACGGCGACCUCUGGCGGAACCUCCGGCGAGUGGCGUCCACCGAGCUCCUCUCCAAUCACCGCCUCCAGGCCCUUUCCGGUGUCAGAUCCGAUGAGGUAAAGUCAACGAUCCGCUGGCUGGCGGCGUUGAAUGGGAAGAAGAGCGGAAACCCUGAUCCGGUGAAUAUGAGGACUCUGCUUUUCGAGCUGGUGCUGAAUUCGGCGAUGAGGACGAUGGCGGGGAAGCGAUAUUACGGCGACGAGAGCGUGGCGGAUCUUGAGGAAGCGCGGCGAUUUCAGGGGUUGACGACGGAGGUUACGCAAGUGGCGAGCUGGACAUUUCUGGCUGAUUUCGUGCCGAGUCUGAGAUGGGUCGAUAGAAUUGGGAAGAAAGAGGAGAAGCUAGUGGACUUUCAAGUGAGGAGAGAUGGGUUUAUGCAGAUGUUGAUUGAUAAUUGUAGGAAUGGAGAAGAUGGUGGUGGUGGGUGUGCAGUGAUGUCGGGAGGGAAGAAAACGAUGGUUGAGGUUCUGUUGGCUCUGCAGGAAAAAGAACCUGAAUUCUACACUGACGAAGUCAUCAAAAGCCUUAUCCUUGUGUUGUUAACAGGAGCUACAGAGACUAUGACAAACACUAUGGAAUGGGCACUAUCACUCCUUCUAAACCACCCUGAAGUGAUGAAAAAGGCACAGAAUGAGAUCGACGGCAAAGUGGGAAACGAGCGUCUGAUUGAGGAAUCCGACAUUUCUCAACUGCCCUACCUUUGCAAUGUCAUAAAAGAGACUCUACGUAUGUACCCACCGCUUCCCGUAACGUUGCCACACGAAUCCUCCUCCGAGUGGUGCAAGGUUGGAGGUUUCAACAUUCCACCGCGAACCACUAUGUUGGUGAACCUUUGGGAGAUACAAAACGACCCCAAAGUUUGGGGCGAUCCUGAAAGUUUCAGGCCGGAGAGGUUUGAAGGAAUGGGGCAGGCUGCAGGGUGGAAGUACUUGCCGUUUUCAGCUGGGAGGAGGAAAUGUCCGGGAGAAGCCAUGGCUGUGCAGAUGGUUGGGUUGGCGAUUGGGUCGUUGAUUCAGUUCUUUGAUUGGGAGAAGGUUGGUAGUGGAGAAGAUUUGGUGGACAUGACGGAAGGUCGCGCUAUUACUCUUGUCAAGGCUCGGCCGUUGGAGGCCAAAUGUCAGCCUAGAGUGAACGUUGCUGAUAAGCUUUUCUCUUCAAUUGCCGAGCUUUGAUUAAUUAAUUGGGGUAUUGUUU